AUGACGCACCUGUCAGCGGCAGCAUUGCUGAUUGUGCAGUUGACUGUGGCACUGCUCCUGUCCGUCCUGUCGGCACACCAACCGCCCCAUGACAGUUUGGAGGACCACGGCACCAUCAUACCCAUCCUGUCCGAGACCCACAUGCCUGACAUGCACUUUGACAGCCCCAACCAUAACCCCGACUCUGUACAUGACUCUAACUCCAACAAUGCGACGAGGAUAUUGCGUCGCGGCAAGCGUUAUCUUCAAUUCAGCAAGGGGUCGCGUAUGUCGUGGCGUACCAACGGCAAGAACAAUCUGUGGAACAUCAACACUCUGUAUGCCUACGGCUAUGGGUUCCGUACCAAUUAUCCCUUUCCAUCCAUCGAGGAGCAGAAAAAGGACAAUGCGGUAUUCUUUCGUCUCUUUAAGAGGGAUCUGUUUUCCAAGCUGGAAACUGCUCUAGAUGGACAUGGCUUCGAUGGCCGAGCCUGCAUGCUAAAAUCCUUCUGCACUGCCAUAAGGGACGUGGAUAAACCUUCCAAGAAAAGCGGCAUGCUCUUCAAGCUACUCAAAUUAAUAUUCAGUCGAGCUAAGAGAUAUUUGGAUAUAAUAGAGACUACGCGUAUUUUUGUGGGUAACACUUAAAGCAAUAACUGCCGAAAAUACCCUCUUCCCUUAAAGUUUCGCAUUAAUGCCAAAAACAAUGUAAUUAAAUCACCGAUUGUAUGGGCUCAUGGCUAUGGCUUUCGAGCCAACACUCCGGUACUGGUUAAGAGGGAAAACCGACCCUUCAGAAGGGACACCUACGAAUUGCUCCAUGAACUGAUCGACCGGAGUGGCCUAGACGGUCGGGCUUGUGUCCUGAAGGCCUACUGCACCGCUCUGGCCGGUGAUCAUGGGCAGGGAUUUCUGUUUAAACUAUUGAAAUAUGUAUUUACUUUGGAUGAGCACGACCAGAGACACAUGCCGCAUUUGCGGGAAGAGAAUUGCGAGCAAAUCAUGCACAGCCACUGUCCCCUGAGUUUCGACAGCAUUUCACCAUAUACGGAUGAUGUUUAA